AUGAAAGAAGAACCCAGCGGCUCAUCGCCAUCAACAGCACCACCGUUUCAAGGCUUUCCAUUAUGUUCCUCCUCCCAAACAUCAGUGGUUAAGGAAGAAGAGUCCAUGGUGCACCAUCACGCACAAAGUAGUACCACAACCACGCCUACAGCAACAACAUCCAUGCUCCAACACAUGAAUAGUGGUGUUGCUUCUACUAAUAAUAAUAACAACAACAGCAGCAAUAGCUAUUCAUCUCAACCGCCUACGCUGCAGACUUUAUCACAACAGCAACACAAACAACAACCACUCUCCGUUCAUGUCCCUACCUCUUCAUCAGCCACAAUGAAUAGUUCCCCAAGCUAUUCAUCACCUUCUCCGGCUUCUUCUCCGCAGCAGCAUCCAUCUCAUCAUUCUCCAUAUUAUCAAAAUACUUCGGCGUAUGUGAGCAGUCCUCACCACAACCAACACGCACUACAGCAACUUCCACAACCUCAAUCGCAACAUGCACCAUUACCAUCAAUGGCUUUGCAAUUGCAGCAACCAUCUUUGCCCGGGCCUACCCAAAUAAUGACUCAUCAAGGUAGUAACAGUACGGAUAAUUCUCCACACAUGUUCCAACAUCAAACAACCAAACAUGUUUUGGCCGAAUCAUCCCCCUCCGCUGCUUCAACAACAGCAUCCUCACACACGCCAAAUUUCAUGAAUCAACAACAAGAACAAUUCCACCAGCCACCACUCAGAUCGAAUUCACCUUACCCAAAGCACCAUCACACAUCUGUGGUUCCACCAACAUUCCCCUCUAUCAUGAAUGCAAUGGCCGACUCAAAAUUAACUUCUCAUCAUCCUCAUCAUCAGCACGGAGCAUCGAUAUCAAGCAACACAUCCACCCCUUCAUCGCCAUCUCAACACUCCCAACAUGUUGUAGUAAACACGAGACAAUCCACUUCACCACCUCCGCAACAACAGCCCGCGUCGCACCAUGCGCAAAAUCAAAGCGCAAUGACCUCAUCAUUUCAGACAGCUCCUCAACAGGCUGUAUUUCAUGAUUACACUGUGAAUGGACAACGAAAGAACCAAGUGACCAUGUCACCCCAACAACAACAGGACAUAAACAUGACAGGAGGAGAUUUCCAUCCCAUAGCUUGCAUUCCAUGCCGUAAGCGACACAAGAAAUGCGAUCGUCGAUUACCUCAAUGUUCGGAAUGUAUUCGUCGUUCGAUGGAAUGUCAAUUCUAUGAACCAAAACAAAAAGGACGAAAAAAGAAGGAUGGAGAGAUUGGAACCGAGCAAAAUUUCUCCUCUUCACAACCAACAUCGCCUCCACAACAACCACAAAAUUCUCAAUCUCAAUAUCAACCAACACAAAAUUUGUCACAGCCUGCUGGCAAUAACAACAUGAUGGAUCUUUCACCUUAUCCUACAGCAAGUAAUAGCAGUUAUUGUAAUUCUCCCAUGGCGAAUUCCUCUCAGCCUUACAUCAAUAACCCUGCUGGGGUUGUCAACAACAACAUACAAUACCCAACAAAUACGAACAAGCAACAACAAAUUCCAACUCAGCAAAAUGUUCCAUCAUCUUCAUUCAACAACACUGUAGCAUCAACCCAAAGAAAUGCUUCAAGUGAUCCUGAUAUGUUGCCACUGCCUUAUUCCUCUCAAUCUUCUGUAACAAGAUCACCCAGUUAUUUCCAGAAAUACCGAUCUGAACCAUACCCAAGUGUUCAACCUCCACAAAAUCACCAACAAACUAAUAACAUGUACAGCAAUCCUCAAGUAUAUCCAUCGACAUAUUCUAGGGAAAGAGCUGCUUCUUCAGCCUCUUCAUUAAGCAACAGUGGAAUGUAUUCAGGAUCUUACAGUUCGAAUCCGUCAAUGAUGAAUUAUUCUGAAAUUAACAGUAUCAACACGAAUAGCAACAACUCAAAUGGUAUACCAUCGUUUGCUCAAAUGAAUACUAGCAAUUACAAUCGCACCAUUAGUGGCAUGUCGCCCGAGCAGUUGCAAUCAAACAAUGAAAAUUUCAACACAACUUCUCUCUCUCGUUUCGUGCCAAUCGAAAAGGAGUCUCUCAGGGAACAGUUGAGCAAUCUUUCAAGGGCUCAAGUUGAGAGUUGGCCAUCUCACGCAGUUUCACAAUGGAUUGAAUCAAUUGAUACUGCAUUUUUCAGUAAUAAGAUUGGAGAUCUUUUUGCGGAACACGAUGUUGAUGGAGUAGCAUUACUAGGACUUCAUAAUCAAGCACUUCUAGACAUGGGCAUUCACAAAGUUGGAAUUCGAGUGAAAUUGUGCCGAAUUAUUGAACACUUGAGGAUGCAAAAUUAA